CUGUGCCUUUUAACUUACAAAAGGCUGCAGCAAAUACAAGUCAACAUGACGUCAUAUUCCAGUCUCGUUUUCAUCGUCAUGAUAGUUGUAACUGUCCACGGGAAUCAACUCUGGUCGAGUUUUGGGUCGUCUUCAGUAUUAAACCCUUCAGCAGCACCCUCAGCAACAUCAAUAAACUGGUAUUUGUCUAUAACCUCAAGUCAGUUAGCCAUUAUAAGUCCAACGAAAUCAUCAACGGUGCAAUCGUCGAUGCCAUACAGUUGGAAUCAGUCUAUGACUUCAUCGAUGCAAUAUAGCAAUAAACCGUCUAGUGCAGCAUCAAGUAAUUACAAUUGGAACCCCUCUUUAUCAUCGUCGAUGCAAUACAGCUGGAAUCCGUCUAUGGCUUCGUCGAUGCAAUAUAGCAAAACUCCUUCUAGUGCGUCAUCAAAUAAUAACAAAUGGAGCCCAUCUUUAUCAUCGUCGAUGCAAUACAGCUGGAAUCCGUCUCCAGCUUCAUCGAUGCAGUAUAGCAAUAAACCUUCUCGCGCGUUAUCAAGUAACUACAAUUGGAACCCAUCUUUGGCAUCGUCGAUGCAAUACAGCUGGAAUCCAUCUAUGGCCUCGUCGAUGCAGUAUAGCAAUAAACCGUCCAGUGCAGCAUUUAGUAAUUACAACUGGAACCCAUCAUUGAUAUCGUCGAUGCAAUACAGCUGGAAUCCAUCUAUGGCUUCGUCGAUGCAAUAUAACAAUAACCCGUCUAUUGCAGCAGCAAGUAAUUACAAUUGGAACCCAUCUUUGACAUCGUCUAUGCAAUACAGCUGGAAUCCAUCUAUGGCUUCGUCGAUGCAAUAUAGCAAUAAACCGUCUAGUUCAGCAUUUAGUAAUUACAACUGGAACCCAUUAUUGGCAUCGUCAAUGCAAUACAGCUGGAAUCCAUCUAUGGCUUCGUCGAUGCAAUAUAACAAUAACCCGUCUAGUGCAGCAUCAAGUAAUUACAAUUGGAACCCUUCUUUAUUAUCGUCGAUGCAAUACAGCUGGAAUCCAUCUAUGGCUUCGUCGAUGCAAUAUAGCAAUAACCCGUCUAGCGCGUCAUCAAGUAACUACAAUUGGAACCCAUCUUUGGCAUCGUCGAUGCAAUACAGCUGGAAUCCAUCUAUGGCUUCGUCGAUGCAAUAUAGCAAUAACCCGUCUAGUGCAGCAUCAAGUAAUUACAAUUGGAACCCAUCUUUAUUAUCGUCGAUGCAAUACAGCUGGAAUCCAUCUAUGGCUUCGUCGAUGCAAUAUAGCAAUAAACCGUCUAGUGCAGCAUUUAGUAAUAACAACUGGAACCCAUCAUUGGCAUCGUCCAUACAAUACAGCUGGAAUCCAUCUAUGGCUUCAUCGAUGCAAUAUAGCAAUAAACCGUCCAGCGCGUCAACAAGUAACUACAAUUGGAACCCAUCUUUGGCAUCGUCGAUGCAAUACAGCUUGAAUCCGUCUAUGGCUUCAUCGAUGCAAUAUAGCAAUAACCCGUCUAGCGCGUCAUCAAGUAAUUACAAUUGGAACCCAUCUUUGACAUCAUCUAUGCAGUACAGCUGGAAUCCAUCUAUGGCUUCGUCGAUGCAAUAUAACAAUAACCCGUCUAUUGCAGCAUCAAGUAAUUACAAUUGGAACCCAUCUUUGACAUCGUCGAUGCAAUACAGCUGGAAUCCGUCUAUGGCUUCGUCGAUGCAAUAUAGCAAUAACCCGUCUAGUGCAGCAUCAAGUAAUUACAAUUGGAACCCAUCUUUGGCAUCGUCGAUGCAAUACAGCUGGAAUCCGUCUAUGACUUCGUCGAUGCAAUAUAGCAAUAACCCGUCUAGUGCAGCAUCAAGUAAUUACAAUUGGAACCCAUCUUUAUCAUCGUCGAUGCAAUACAGCUGGAAUCCGUCUAUGGCUUCGUCGAUGCAAUAUAGCUAUAAUCCGUCUAGCGCGGCAUCAAGUAAUUACAAUUGGAGCCCAUCUUUGGCAUCGUCGAUGCAAUACAGCCGGAAACCGUCUAUUACUUCGUCGAUGCAAUAUAGCUAUAAUCCGUCUAGCUCGUCAUCAAGUAAUUACAAUUGGAAAUCAUCUUUGGCAACGUCGAUGCAGUAUACCUCACAAUCGGUAUCCAAUAGAUUGACUACACUUACAUCAUUAUCAUCAUCAUUUGUUUGGAGUCCUUCCAGCUCACCAUUUCUAUCCAACAGUUUUAUAUAUUCAAGCUCAUCUCCAUCCUUUGCUUUGAAGCCUUCAAGUUCACAUUCAGUAUCCAACAGUUUGAUUCAUUCAAGUUCAACAUCAUCCUUUGUUUUGAAUCCUUCAAGCUCAAAUUUAGUUUCUAACAGCUUGAUUUAUUCAAGCUCAACAUCAUCCUUUGCUUUGAAUCCUUCAAGUUCACAUUCAGUAUCCAAUAGUUUGAUUUUUUCAAGUUCAACAUCAUCCUUUGCUUUGAAUCCUUCAAGUUCACAUUUAGUAUCAAACAGCUUGAUUUAUUCAAGUUCAACAUCAUCUUUUGCUUUGAAUCCUUCAAGUUCACAUUCAGUAUCAAAUAGUUUGAUUCCGUCAAGUUCAACAUCAUCCUUUGUUUUGAAUCCUACCGCCCAUUCCUUAUUUAGCAGCAGUUUAAUUCCUUCAAGCUCAUUAUCAAUGACCUCUGUCAUAAACCCAUCUUCGUCACAUUCCUUAUCUAGCAGUUUGCUUCCUUCAAACUCAUUAUCCACGUCCUAUACCUUGAAUCCAUCUAGCUCCGAUUCCCUAUCUAGCAGUUCGACAUUUGCAAGCUCAUUUACCUCGUCCUCUAUCUUGAACCCAUCAGGUUCCCAUUAUUUAUCUAGCAGUUUGAUACCUUCCAGUCCUUCGGUAUCAUCCAAUGGGUUAUACCCUUCCACUUCGUCACAAGUUUCUACUUCUCUUUUUUCAACACCACUACAGACAAGUUUAAUUUCUUCAACGUCAGCAACAGGGUCAAUAUUUAGCUCCACUACAGUAUCAGUUUCGACCUCAAGUACAUUGUUAGCAUCGAGCUCUGUCUCAGUGCCAGUAUCAAACUCAGCAACAAUAUCAGCAUCUGUUAGUAGCAGCUCUGUUAUUGCAACAGCGUCAGUGUCGGUUUCUACCUCAACAUCAACUGGUACAACUAACCCGAGCAAUAACUGCGUCCCAGGAAGUGGACUCUGCAUAAUAAAUGAUCCAGCACUAGGUUCCAAUGUACCUGGUUUGAGAAGUACAUAUCUUGUUGGCUUGGUCGCUUCGUUGCUGAUAUCGAUCCGUCGCUUGCUGUAGUCUAGACCUACUUUACUGAUCCUUUCCAAAAAAUACGCGUUCAACUGUAUCCAUAUCAGGACAGUUUCAGGACUGCUCCGAAUACAAGGCUAUUAUGCAAGAUUCUGAGAGCCUUAAACCUACUUGGUUCCAUUUCUUUUUUCGAACUGUUUAUUAUACAUUUUGUAGAUAUUAAGAAAAUCUUGUCAGCUUGUCAGCCAACAGUAAAGAGCCUGCAGGCUGGCCUAACUCUUUGCUGCUGGCAAAGGCUGCAGCAAGUACAGAUGUACUCAUUACUCAAAAUUGUGUAGUGUUAAAUUGGUUAAGGCGGUCUUUAUUUUCGAGCGGAAGGUUAAUUUAAUUUAUGCAAGUGAUGUUGGACAGUUUACUUAAAGUGCUAAAAAUUUCUUUUAAAUAAAUAUCUGUGAUAUUUAGCAAAAUGUAAAUAAAAAUUAUAUUUGUAAAAUAAAUG